UCUGCUAUUAAUGAAAUGAUAUAACUUUCCAAAUUCCAGCUCAUUAGCAUUUCUACCUCAUUUCUGAUUCCAGACCAAACAUCUCUCUUCUUUUUAAUGCAGAAAUUAAGGCAAAAAAAUCUAGCAUUCUACAGACUAGAAGCAGUGUAAAGGAAGAGAACUGAUUAGGAUUUUCUUGAUCCAGUGGCUAGGUUUUUUUUUUCCCCAUAUUUUCAAGUUUCAGAACUAAAAAUCUUCAUUCAGUUCUAGAAAAGGGGACCGGAAUGUCAUCGAGCGGGACCAAAUAUGGCUUAUACAGUCCAGGAAGCACUGGCUGGUCAUCAAUGAGGAAUGAAGAAUUCCAAGAAGCAGAUGUUUGGGGAGGGUUCAAGGAAAGAAAUGAAUUUGAUUCCAGGAUCAGUUCAUUUCAAGAAGGAGCUUUCAUUUCCAAAAGCCAGCCAACAGGAUCCCGGACGAUCCCGAGAGCCAACAAGAAUCAGAAUCCCAAUUCCCACGAACCCAAAAUUCUUCAAAACUCGGCCCCAGUCAACAUUCCAGACUGGUCAAAGAUUUAUGGGACGGGAUCAAAGGUUAACGGUCAUGAUUUUGCAGGAAGUCAUCGAGAAAUUGAUGACGAUGAAGGUGAAGGUGAAGAUGAAGAAGAUGACGGGGAUAUAACGCCCCCGCACGAAUGGAUUGCUAGAAAACUUGCAGGUAAUCAAAUAUCUUCAUUUUCUGUGUGUGAAGGCAUUGGAAGGACUCUCAAAGGGAGAGAUCUAAGCAGGGUAAGAAAUGCUAUCUUAACCAAAACUGGCUUUCUUGAAUAAACAAGGAUGGCCCCAUAUAUAUAUUAGCAGUGUAAUGAAUCAGACAUGAUGAUUUUACACACUAUAAAAUGGAGUUUCAAUGCAGUUAUGUUAUCGUUUAUGGAAGUUUGUGUUUUUGUAAAUUAAUCUCUCUUUUUUCUUCUUAGCAGAUUGUUUGUGUGUGUAUUUUGUUGAAUUGUAUAGUGGGCUGCUAUAAAAUUGUUGGCUUUCUUCUUUUCCAUU